UUUCCUUCACUGAUCCAUCUCCCAGCACAGCGCACAGGACGCCCCGCACACCGGCCUCAGCUUCCUCUUCUCUUCCCCCCCCCCUCCCCUCCGCCGGCUCGGUGAAAAAAAAAAAAACAGCAACAGACCCCCCGCACGCACGGUACCCCGGGUGGAUGAGAGACAGUGCAGAGGGUCGGUCGGCACCCACUAGACCUCUGGAAGGCGCUUGGCCCCCGCGGGACGGCAGCGGUACAAGUCACGGGCGAACAUGGCUUUGAAGAUUGUCAAAGGGAGCAUCGAUCGGAUGUUCGAUAAAAAUCUGCAGGAUUUAGUACGUGGCAUUCGGAAUCACAAGGAAGAUGAGGCCAAAUACAUCUCCACAUGCAUCGAUGAGAUCAAACAGGAGCUCAAGCAGGACAACAUCGCCGUCAAGGCCAACGCUGUGUGCAAGCUCACCUACCUUCAGAUGCUGGGCUAUGAUGUCAGCUGGGCCGCUUUCAACAUUGUUGAAGUCAUGAGCUCCUCCAAGUUCACAUACAAGAGGAUAGGCUACCUGGCGGCCUCGCAGUGCUUUCACGAGAGCACUGAUGUCAUCAUGCUGACAACCAAUCAGAUCCGAAAGGAUCUCAGCAGUCCCAACCAGUAUGACACAGGUGUUGCUCUCACCGGCCUCUCUUGUUUUGUGACCCCUGACCUGGCUCGGGACUUGGCCAAUGACAUCAUGACACUGAUGUCCCACACUAAGCCCUACAUCAGAAAGAAAGCGGUGCUGAUCAUGUACAAGGUGUUUCUGAAGUACCCGGAGUCCCUGCGCCCUGCUUUCCCCAGGCUCAAGGAGAAGCUGGAGGACCCAGACCCAGGUGUCCAGUCUGCGGCGGUUAACGUCAUAUGUGAGCUGGCUCGGAGAAAUCCCAAGAACUACUUGUCUCUGGCACCACUCUUCUUCAAACUCAUGACUUCUUCCACCAACAACUGGGUUCUCAUUAAGAUCAUCAAGCUGUUUGGUGCGCUCACACCUCUGGAGCCGCGCUUGGGGAAGAAGCUGAUCGAACCUCUGACUAACUUGAUCCACAGUACCUCUGCCAUGUCUCUGCUCUACGAAUGUGUCAACACUGUGAUUGCAGUGUUGAUUUCCCUGUCCUCUGGGAUGCCUAACCACAGUGCUAGUAUCCAGCUCUGUGUGCAGAAACUGCGAAUCCUGAUCGAGGACUCGGACCAGAACUUGAAGUACCUGGGCCUGCUGGCCAUGUCAAAGAUCCUGAAGACCCACCCCAAGUCGGUGCAGUCUCACAAAGACCUCAUCCUGCAGUGUCUGGAUGACAAGGACGAGUCCAUCCGCCUGAGAGCUCUGGACCUGCUCUAUGGCAUGGUUUCGAAAAAGAACUUAAUGGAGAUUGUAAAGAAGCUGAUGCUCCACGUGGACAAAGCUGAAGGAACCACCUACAGAGAUGAGCUGCUCACAAAGAUCAUAGACAUCUGCAGCCAGAGCAACUACCAGUACAUCACCAACUUUGAAUGGUACAUCAGCAUCCUGGUGGAGCUGACCCGGUUAGAGGGCACACGGCACGGCCACCUCAUCGCCUCUCAGAUGCUGGACGUGGCCAUUCGGGUCAAAGCCAUCCGGGUCUUUGCUGUUGCCCAGAUGGCCACUCUGCUGGACAACGCCCACCUGAUGACGGGCAACGUGCAGCGGAAGGGCAUCUGUGAGGUGUUGUAUGCGGCCGCCUGGAUCUGCGGGGAAUUCUCUGAACACCUGGAGAACCCGACACAGACGCUAGAGGCCAUGCUGCGGCCAAAGGUGGCCACCCUACCGGGCCACAUCCAGGCGGUGUAUGUGCAGAACGCAGCCAAGCUGUUUGCCACCGUGCUUAAGAGCCAGGAGGGGAACACGGACAGCACAGCAGCACAGGAAACCAGCCAGCUGAUGAUAGAAAGGCUGCCGCUGUUUGUCCAGAGCGCCAACCUGGAGGUGCAGGAGAGGGCGUCCUGCAUCCUGCAGCUGGUCAAGUACAUCCAGAAACUGCAACAGAAGGACGUAGAGGUAGCGGAGGAAGUCAUCGCUCUGUUUGCUGGAGAACUCAACCCUGUGGCCCCAAAAGCACAGAAAAAAGUGCCUGUUCCCGAAGGUCUGGACUUGGAUGCCUGGAUCAACGAGCCGCCAUCUGAGAGCGAGUCAGAGGACGAUCAGCCCAAGGCUAUUUUUGCCAAGGAGGAGACCAAACACUCCCGCACCCGUCACACUGAGGUGGACGAGAAGGAGCUGGCAAAGAGGAGAGAAGUCAGGAAGCAGGAGCAAGCCAACAACCCGUUCUACAUAAAGGCCUCCCCGUCCUCUCAGAAGGUGUACCAGGAGGCUCCAGGAGUGGAGCACAUCCCGGUCGUGCAGAUUGACCUCAGUGUGCCUCUCAAAGUCCCAGGUCUCCCCAUGUCUGACCAGUAUGUGAAACUGGAGGAGGAGCGUCGCCAGAAAGAGAGGGUGGAGAAGAAGAAGAAGGACAAGAAGAAGAGGAAAGAAAAGGGCGGCGGACGACGGAAGAAACGCGAUUCGGGCCCCGAGAGCGAGGAGGACAUCACGCCCGCGCACAUGGUCGACAUCGUUACCGAGGAGAUGCCGGAGAAUGCCUUACCCAGUGAUGAUGAUGACAAAGAUCCCAAUGACCCUCACAAAGCCCUGGACAUCGACCUGGACAACUUGAUGGAGAUGGCCGCACGCAGGCCGCUUGCCGACAGCGAGAUGCUGCCGGUCAGGUCACAUCGUGCGGCCGAGGCUCUCAAAAGCCCGGUGGAAGAUGGCGACGCCGAGGCCGCCGCUUCACAGGAGCCCAAGAAGAAGAGCAGCAAAGAAAAGCGAGAGAAGAAGAAGGAUAAAGAGAAGGACAGGAAGAAGAGCAAAGACGACAAGAAGAAGAAGAAACACAGACGUGAGGAAAAGGAGGAGGAUCUUCUCGGGGGUCAGGCAGACGGGCCUGUUGCCCAAUCAAAAGAAACCAGCGAGGCGGCUGCACCCCCCGCCGCCAACACCGCUGAGGUUUCGGACCUGGAUUUCUGGCUCUCAAACGCUCCAGUGCCCCCUAACGCCCAGGAAGCAGCCACCUCGGCAGAAGCAGCCCCCGUCCCCGAGACGGCCUCCGGCACGGCGCCGGACUCCGAGCCCGACGAACCCAAAGACACCGAGCCGGAGGAGACUGAAAAGAAGUCCUCCAAACACAAGAAGAAGAAGCAGAAAAAGGAGAAGGAGGAUAAGGAGAAGAAAAAGAAGAAGAAGCAUCAUCACCAUCAUCACCACAGUGACGGUGGUGGGGAGGAGUCGGUGCAGAACGGCACCAUGGAGGAGGAAGAGCCUCUGCCGCCCAUGUCCAAUUACUGCCUGCUGGCUGAGAGCUCCUACAUCAAGAUGAUGAUCGAGGAUACCACUCAGGAAAAUGACAUCCAGGGAAACCUGCAGGAUGGCAGUCAGGUGGUGGUGUCUAUUAUAUUUGAAAACAAGUGUGACAGCUUCCUCAAAUCCAUGGAGUUCAACGUCCUGGACUCUCUCAACGCCAAGCUGCAGAGGCCUGAGGGGUCGGGUCCACAUGACGGCCUCACCGUCCCCUUCCAACUUCCACCUGGGGUGUCCAAUGAGGCGCGAUUUGUCUUCGCUGUGCAGAGCAUCGUAAUGCCCCAGAAACUGAAGGGAACCCUCACCUUCAUAGUGAAGAAUGAGGACUCCUCCACUCACGAGAAACUGGACUUCAAACUGCACUUUACCUGCUCGUCCUACCUAAUCACUACUCCUUGCUACAGCGACGCCUUUGCAAAGCUGCUCGAGUCGGGGGACCUGAAGUGCAGCUCUGUCAGACUGGAGGGAGUCAGCCAGCCGUUCCACCACCUACUGGCCAGGAUCUGCUUCCACCAUCAUUUUUCUGUUGUGGAGAGGGUGGACUCUUGUGCCUCCAUGUACAGCCGGUCCAUCCAGGGUCACCACGUCUGUCUGCUGGUCAAAACUUCUGGUCAGACGGUGUCCAUCGACGCUAAAUGUGAUGAGCCGACGCUGCUUGGGAAUGUGCUGGAUGAGAUCAAGCAGACCUUCUCUCAGUGCUGAUUGUGUCCCGACGGCCCCCGGGACGCCCCUGACCCCCCUCCCUCCUCCACGCCUCCGCGCCCUCGCUGAAACACAACAUAAUCAUGUUACGAAAACACUGCGGCUGGCACCUCCAGUAUGGCCCUAUUUAUUAGUCCUCAGAUUCGCAAGAUUUCUAUCCCCUUCCCUUCUUCUUCGGUGUCCCACACUCUGUGAUCCCGCUGCACUCUGAGCUCUGUGCUCACUCCCCGACUCUCAAUGUUGUUUUACAGACUCGCUGUGUACAUGCGCCGUCUUCUCCCCCAAAGCCGCCUCACCUUCACCUGUUUAUUUGAGUCUCAGACAGCCCCCGCCUUCUUACUCUGACUCUGUCAUGCGCUCCUGUUUCUGGAUCCCCAGCAUCCUCUGCUCUUUCCCACGAAACUCCGCCGCCCCACUUUGUCGGCAAUUCGGUUUGUGACAGUAAUGUAAUGUUGACAACUCGACUUUUCUUUUGUCGACGGUUGAAUUGUGAUUUUACUGUUUUCAAAGGUUUGCUUUAUGUUUGUUUUGAUCGUCUUUUUUUGUGUGUGUCUGAAACCUGUCUGCGCCUUUGUUUCGCCCCCUUCUUUCUGCCCACUAAACAUCUGUGUAAACUCGUUCAGCCCUGUGUGUGUGUGUGUGUGUGUGUGUGUGUGUGUGUGUGUGUGUGUGUGUGAGAGAGUGUGCACUCUGCUUGGCUUUUUAGGCCUGGAAAAAAUGUGUGACUGACUCUCUUAGACUGGUCCUAGCUGGAAAGAAAUGGGGACUCUCUCUUGCUCACUGUUAGCAUCUGCAGUGCUAAUGGUGUGGAGCUAACACCCACAGCUACAUAUAAGGUAUGGGAUUAGAACUUCUGCCGGAGCCCCCACUCGCCUUUUUGGCUCACAGCAGAUCUGCUACUGUUGGUUCGGUGAUUUGGUUUUGCUCUGUGAAUUAGCUGUGGAGCCCCCCCACCCCCCCCAAUAGAUCCACUCCAUGAUCAAGUAACAGUUCCCCCGCCGCCACAGAUCUCGUACCAUAUCAUUCCUUUCACACACCAAAGACUAAUUGGAUGGCAGUAGUAUAAAAAUAAUUUGAUAAAACUCCAGUAGACUUUUAACGUGAGAUUUCAUGACGGUUGUCACCAUUAUCAAACGCCUCUGGGACUCACCGAUGGUUGGUUUAUUUGCAUUGACGAUAUAUUGCUGAAGCAGAAGGAUACGGUUAUUUCUAUGGUGCCGAGGGUCCUCAUUUGUGUCACCGAAUGGACGAGUCUGUGACAACAACAUAGUCUUGCACGCAGAGAGCGGCCCGUGUUACAUCGCUGCCGUGGCCUCUUUGCCCUGGAAAAAUGGUACACAAUCAACGUAUUUUUAAUAUUUCCGUUUUUUAGGUUGGGCUCGCUGUUCGCAGAGAGCAUCGCCUGGUCAGUGGCUUUUAGGCGCCCUUUCAAUCAGUAUUUGGCAACGUGGCUUCCAGCGUAAGGAAGCGUCCACGUUUUUGUCUGUUUUCACGUGCAAUCAUGUGAGACAUUUACACCUGUGCCACUUUGACGUUGCAUCUCAGUAGCUGGUUGGCCGACGCCCACCUGGCGUCUACCCACAUGAACCCCGACGCUUCUUCUCCCUUCAGUAACUGCCUUGCCACUUUUGUUGUACAUUGACCUGUAACCAUGAACGUAAUGGGCCAUUUUACAAAAUAAAUGGCCUCUUGUAAAACUCAGAGGUACUUGAGUCUUUUAAUUUGUGUUAUUCGUAGGUCACCACUCGGUCCAGCACGACUUAACCUUGUAGUAGAAAGAUAAAAACUGACUUGGUAGUGUCUCCGAUCAUAUAUAAUGGCAAGGCCCUCUUCAUAUCUGUUUGCUAUUGUAGAUAACUCCUGUGAUAAUGAUGUCAGAGACCGGCGGAUCAGGUCAGCCACUCCACAAGAUAUUCUGUCCUGUAAUAGUCUGAAUACAGAGGUGAUCAGCUGUAUUUCAGGAAUGUCAAUGGUAAACGAUUAGGUAUCUAUUCCCUGUUCUUGAAAACGACUGAUAAAAGAGAAACCCAACCGCCCUAAUCAUACAUUGUCCUGAUUGUCAUUAUUUUUUGUGCAUAAUAUUUGAUUAAAAUUUGUAUAUUGCAUGAUUAUGAAUGUACACUUUUUACUUUUUCUGUUUGAUUGACAUGCUUACACAAAGAUUCCAUUCUUUUUUUUUCUUCACCUUUUUUCCUUUUUUAUUGAAGUUUACGUCAUACAACAAGGGGAAAGGAGGUUAGUGAUGCUGAGGGAAUGGGGCGCCGACGAUUAAAUGGAGAAGAACAGAUCACAUAAAGCAGUGUACGGAGAGGCAUCUUUGCUGUCUUCAUGAUCUUUUUGGUUGAGUUGUGAGUUAUUUUUAAGUUUGGCUUGUGACAUUGAAGUAUACUCUCGUAUGACACUGACAUCGGAAGGUCCUGUCUGUUUGUGUCUCCAUAUCUCAUCAAGCUGUACAAUAUAAAAUGUUUUAAAGGGGACAACGUAAAUUAUCGACAUUCCCUUUAAGGAAAGUCGACCAAAAAAUUCGAAAAUAAAGGCUGUAAAAAGCU